AUGGAGGUCCAUGGGUUAGCAACAGCCGGGAUCUACCGUCUUUCUGGUGUGAAAUCAAAGGUGGAGGCUUUGAAGGCCCAGUACAACAAUGACGAGAAAGUGAACCUGAGGGACCAUGAUCCCACCGUUGUCACUAGUCUCUUUAAAUUGUAUCUCAGAGAACUGCCGGACACAAUCUUGACUUCAAGAUUUACCCCAGUAUUUGAACAUUCUGCAGGUCUAACCGCAGCACAAGAGAGAAUAGGGGCAUUCAAGAAGCUCCUAGCCCAGUUACCCAAAUGUAACUACACCCUUCUUUCAUGGACAAUAGUCCACUUGGCUCAUAUAUUAGAAAGGAAAGAGGAUACCAAGAUGACAAUACAGAACCUAUCCAUCGUCAUGUGUCCUACCUUGAGGAUAAGCCACCGUACUAUGAACCUGCUAUUCACGUAUUGGAAGGAGUUUUUCAGUGAUGUCAAACUCAAGAGGUGCCCUAAACCUCUUGAAUGGAUACCAGGGACUACAUUUGAAAUUCCAGAUACCACAGCGGAGCUUGAGGAGGAACUUUUACGACAUGAAUUAAUUCUUGCCAAAAUGCAUGAGGAGCUAAAUCGAGGGUCGGCUCAUAAGAGUACGGAAGAUAAUCUAUGGGAGGUACAGAGAGUAGUCACACAGCUCAAGAGAAAGUUACGAGUCAGUAGGAGAGUGUCUGAAACUAGACUAGCAGCCAAAGAAAAGGAGCUAGAAAGCAAGGAUACCAAGACAUCAUCAGCUUCAUCUAAGGAACGUUCUCCUGUAAAGACAAUGUCUCUGUCACCAACAACACUCAAAGAUGAUGUCAAAGAGAAACCUGUUGAAGUUGAAAAGCCAGUUGAUGCCCAGGCACCAGAGGACAAGCCAAAUGAACCUGUUACUGGUGGUGAUGAGGUUGAUAGUACUGAAGAGAAAACAGAAGAGGAACCACCAGUCAAAGAGGAGGAAAAGGAGGAAUGCAAAGAAGAAUCAAGAGUUGAGAUUGAAGAAGAUGAAGAUGAAGAAGAAGAGAAAGAACCUGAACCAGAUUUAGAAAUGAUGAAGCUUCUUCUCUUGUCACAAGCGGAGGUGGUCGCAGAGCAUGAUGAGCUGAUGAACAUCCGCAACGAACUUCAGAAGCGCAUUGAGGCAGAACGACAGGAGAUAGCCAACUUGCAGUCUGCCAUCAUUGAAGCUAAGCAAACAGCUAGGAGGAGAGGUGCUUCAGUCGAUAGCAUUGAUAGCUCAGUGGCAUCAGAGAGCAGCAGUGAAAGUGAGGAUGAAGAUGAGCUACAGAAGAUUUUAGAAGGACUUAUUAGAGAAAAUGAGGAAUUGAGACGGAAAAACAUGCAGUUGAGUCACAACAUCCACAACGAACGUGAGGCCUGCGCCGAGCUUCGUGUCCAGAUCAAAUUACAGGAACAGAUGCCACAGAUGCUGGAGGCACUUGCCCAAGCUGGGAUCAAAGACUCUUUAGCCAAACAAAAAUCUGGACCGAAAGAUCCCUCUGGUAAACCCAAGAAAGUUGCAAUAGUUGCUGAACCUAUCAAUGAAUCAUCAACUGAGAAGGACAUAUCUGAAAGUAAGGGCGUAGACGACAAGAAUGAAAAUAUGAAUUCCAAUAAUAGUUCAGGAGUAGAAGAGAAGAUAGAGAAAGGUACAGGGAGCGCAUCGUCUGGUGUCCCCACAGAGAAGGAGAACACUCAAGAGAGACAUCUAGAGGAAACUGCUCUGUGAGACUGAUGAUACUUGAAAUGAAAUUGGAUUGACUUCUUAUGUUUUCUCUCCACUCGAUAUAGCUUAAGCAAAUCUCUAAUGAAUAGGAAAGUCCUGGAUGUUUGAACUUGUAAUCCUCAAAGCCAAUAUUUUAUGUCUUUCCUGUGGUAAGUACCCAUAUCAUGGUGAAUUCAAUUGUAGGUAAGGAGUAAUAAAGGUGUAUUUGAAUGUAGGUUAAAAGUAAGUAGUUGUUUGCUGUAUAAGCAUUUCAGCAUUGCACAUUGCAAGAGCAAUGGCAUUUCAAAUGAAGAGCAAGACGACCUAAGUUUUAUUUCACCCUCCCCCCCCCCCCCCCCCCGUUGAAAAAUUUUGGUAUUGAAGACUUCCUCAAAGAUGUUUCAUAAAGCUGUUCGUAAAGUUACGCACAACUUUACGCACGACUGGAACCUGGCACUAAUAUCAUUUAGAACAAGAAAGGAUCACCAGUCGUGCGUAAAGUCAUUUGUAUCUUUCGAGCAGCUUUAUUAUGAAACGGGCCCCAGAUUAUCUUUUUAAUAAUCCUGUUUCUUCCCUUUCCUUCUUUUUUUCUUCUUCUUCACUACUUGAAAAUAGAGGUCCGGAGGGGGGUACACCCCUCCUGUGCCGCCAUCCCUGCUUGCAAGGUUAUAAUAAGGUAACAUGUAUGCACCCUAAUUAUGAAUUGUUACUAUCUGGAUCUGAUAGAAUCUACAGGAUGUUACAUACAGUUCAUAAUUAUAAUUCUUUCCUCCCUUCGGUAUACUAAGGUAAUGAUUGAUGAAUUAUGUUUUGUUUUACCUAUUUGGGACCGUUACGAUCAGCAUUAAAACAGUCCAGCUAAUAUUUUUGUUAUUCCUGUUGGUCUAGUUAUCAUUUAUUACCCCACCAGUGUAUUCUUGCCAUAUAUUCCUGUAGUAAUUUGUCUUGAAUGUAUUGUUUCUGACUCCAUUCAAUGAGAAUUGGAAUGAUAAUGUUACAUCCUGAUCCAUAUAUCAUAGGUACGUUCUGUCGAUCUCUUUUAUAGAAACGAAACCAAAAGUGUCCACUGCAUUUUGUGCUGUAUAAUGAUUAUGGUUUAACAUAAAGAAGGAGAAUACGUAUACUGAUCACUAUUCCUCUUUGUGUAACACAAUCAAAUUAUGUGCUCAACUUAAACCUUUGUUUGUUAUGUAGUUGAUGUUGUCAUGAAUGCACAGUAUUCCCUAAUAAGGCAGUUGAAUACUAUCAACAUAUUUGCCUGCAUAUUGCCUCUUUUUUUUCAUUGUCAUAGCCCUGAACUAUACCUCACCUUCUGUUUCUUAACAACUGUUCAUCUAAACCUAAAAGGUUAGAAUCUAUUAAAAGAUUUCCCUGAAUCCAUAUCAGAACAAAUGAAACUUGUAAUAGUGAUUAUGACAUCUUUACCAUGGCAACAAUGCACAGUAAACAAUUAAAAUGAGGUUCAUUGGAGGCCCCCUUUAAUGGUUAGGUUGACACUGAGUUCUGUGCAGUUGAGUCUUUAUUGGUGUGGCAUGGUGAAAGAAGAGACUUCAUUAAAUGAUUAGGAAAUAUAUUGAUCAAAGAAGCUCAUAAGAAUUAUGAAAGGAUUUUUUUUUGUUGUAUAAUUUCAACCAAUAUUCUCAAGGGCUGCUAAAUAACAUACCUAUAUGUAGUGCCCGAAUCCUUGGAGGGCUUCUUUUCUUAUCUCUCUCUCUUUCUUUCAGUGUUGAACAUUAUAUAGUAUGUAAGGAUGCUUGAUUUAUAAAAGUCUGCACAUCUGCAAAAUCAUAAAAUCUUAUUUUAAGGACAAUCCAAAUCUUUUGCAUUAAUUUUCUAUGUCUUGAUUUAUUAAAACAUCAGGAACAACUAAAUAUUGAAUAACAAAUAAAAAACAUAUUGGAAAUGCAACUGAUCAGUGGAAAGGGAUUACAAAAAUCUGUCGUUACAUAAACCCAGCAGUAUAUUUAAGAUUUUCGUUUGUACCAACCUUAACCAACGGAUCAAGCUGGAUGAAAUUUUUUAUUUUUUAUGUAUGAAUUGAUAAGAACCCACUUUUUUUUUAAAUAUUCAAUCAUUGUACUAGAAUCCCAGUGUUCCUCAUUAGUGAGACAUAUGUCUUUGCAGGGCUUAUAUUUUGCAUACUCUUUUUGUGUAUGAAAACCAUAUUUCAUGUAUUAAAAGGAUUCUGCAUAUAUAAAGCUCCCACUAAUGUUUGCAUCUCUGCAAAACCUUAAAACCUAAUUACUAGCUUUAUACUAAUUACUAAUCAUAUUAUCCUUAUCCUUACAUUAGACUUAUAUACAUUUAUAAGUAAAUUCUAACUAAAUCCUUCAUCAUAAGACAAGUGAGCUGUGUUUGUGUUGUUUCACCCAUGUGUCAUAUGGUAUAGAAACUGCACGAAAUAGUGAUCAGUUGAUUCUUGAAUGUAUGCAAGCUUUAUGCAAUCAUGGCCAAAAUAACAAACCUAACCUUUCAGUUUUUAUUCAGUCAUGCAAGCAAACAUCAGCAAUUGAAGGGGUAUUUCAGCCCCCCCCCCCAAAAAAAAAAGGAUAAAUAAAGAAGAUAGAUAAAGUACAAACAAGCAAAAUAAUAAACUUCAAUUUAAAAAAAAGAUUGACCGAAGAAUGACUAAGUUAUUUAAUUUCAAUGUUUUGAAUUAUUUUGGUGGAACAAUUGUCUGCAUAUUGUCAUGAAUAUGCAAUGAGUAAGCUGAUGAUGUCACAUACUCACUUUCUGUUUCAUUUUUUAAAUUAAAUGUUAAAAAUCAUGUUUUAUCACUGUAGUGAAAUAUGUGUAAGUUGCAGCAAUGAUGAUCCAAGACAUUAUAUCAGUAGUCUGUCUUGCUUUUACGUAGUGAGAGUGGAAAAAUUAAUAAUUAUAAUAUGAUGUAAUAAAAGAGAAAAAGGUGAGGUGAUGACAUCAUAAGCCUACUCAUUGCAUAUCAUGUGACAUGCAUACAACUGUUUUAAAAAGUAGUAAACAAUUUAAAAUGCCAGAACUUCGUUAUUUUUCUUCUGAUCUGAUUAAUUUUUCAGUGCUUUACUUGUUUGUUACUCUCAAAUCAUGUUAUAUUGCUUUAACUAAUUUCAUACUGGAAUGAAUGGUUUAUGUUCAAAUCCGAGGGUAAUAAAAAAAAUAAGUUGUCAGUGGGAAGUAGUAAAGUGUAAAUUAACUAUCACUUAAUGGCCAUAAAAUUCCAUUGCAAAAAGAAUAUUGCUAGAAAUUACUGUUUUACAGGGUGAGGAAAACAGAAAAUUUAGAAUCCUUGCCGUUGCAUACAAACUUGUCUCAAUCAUGCUAAAAGUCACUUUACAGACCCCAGAAAUGAAGAUUUCUGCAAAAGAAAGUUAUUUUUCUUUACUUUUCAUGCAAAAUAGCUGGAAUAGCUCACCCCUGGAAGUUAGGAAAGCACAAUCCGUAAAUAAUUUUAAAUCAAAACUCAAAAACAUUUAUUUCAUUAAUAAAAAGCAUUUUAGAAGUCCUAAAAUGUGCAGUAGAAUACAUAUAGUUUCUGCCCUCUUAAAAUUACGUUUUGUAUUGAACAUAAAGCAAUUUAUGAGCCCUUGUUUUAUCUAGUUACUGUAACCCCCCCCCCCUGCCGAUAGGUUCUGAUUAGGUCAGAGAUUUCCUCUUUUGCUUGCCAUGUCAUGUAUAUGAACACACUUGUAAAGCAUUACCAGAAUUUGACCUGUGUGGUCAUUUGAAGGAACUUAAUCGCUCCUUGGGCAACAAAUUCUAAUAACUCAAAGAUCGUGAUGUGUUCAAGUGAUUGGUAAAAGAAAGAUGACUGUUUUAUUGCUGUAUCCACUAGGAUAGGCAUACCUUUAAAAUAGCCUUGCAUUUUUUUUUUUAAUUAGAUGGAAAGCUGGGUUAUGGUUAAGGCAUCACUUGAUUAAUAAUCUGGUCAUUUUAACAAAAUAGGGGUUUCCUUAAAAGAAAUUGAGACAUGAAACCUUAUUGAUCCGGGACUUUAUGUAGUAUACUACAUACUACUACUUGUGUGUUAGCACAUAUUGUAAUAAUUUGUAUUCAAGUCAAUCUAAAUGUGUAGAGGCUGUACUGUUAUAAUGUAAUAUUAGCUCCUUAUCUGUUGUGCAUUUACCUAUUCGGAAUUUUAUCAUAAUUGAUUUCAUUUCAAAUGUUCGUAAUUUGUUCUUAUUAAUAUUCACAAUAUUCAUCAUAUAUCUAGUGGAACAUAGUGCAUCAGAAUACUUGGUGACAUGUUUUGUCUAUUACCGUAUCUUCUUCCCACAUAAUUCAAUAUACUUUUCCAAUACGAAGUUAGAUGAAUUUGCUUUGUCAAAGGGAGAGUGAUUUUUAAUAGACUCCAAUAUUUCCCCCUUUUUAUUGUAAUACUUCGAAGUUGAACUUCAUUAUGAAAAUAGAUACCAUCUCAUCAUGUUGCUAGAGCAGGACUCUAGAUUUCGUGUCAUCUUAAGUACUUCUAAAUGUAGAAAAAUUAUGCUUCCCACCAAGGCAUUAUCUCACCAAUAAACAUAAAAUAAUGCAGUUAUUGAUUCAUUCACAAUGAAUGCAGAGAAUAUGUUUCAGUCUAUCACCCUUAACUCAGUCAGAUAUAGAUGAGAAAAUAUUUUUGUGGGAGAGAUACAUGUAGUCCAAGAUUUUUAAUUUGACCAUGGUAUCAAUUUAUAGCUCUUUAUAAUUUGAGCAGACAGUAUAAUUGGAAUUGAUAUUUGCCGUCACUUAAUGUUUAAAUAUUCCCGUUCACAAACCAGCAAGUUACCUGCACUAGAGACAAAACUGGAUAAUGUACCAGUCUGAUACAAAGGCCUUUUGUGAAUUUACCAAGUUUGUAAUCAGGAAGAAGACUGAUAAACUUAGUAAUGGUUUAUUGUUGAAAACCGCAACAUAAUAUUGCUCUAUACCUGAAUAAGACUAAUUGUGACAUUCUUGUUAUAUGCAAAGAAAGUUAACCCCCUCCCCUACAAAUCUGAUGUCAUACGUGUAUAAUUUAGAUUGUUGAACAGUCUUGGUUUCAUUCGUGUACUUACUUUUAUCUAUAAUGUUGUAGUGUAAAUACAAUGAUAUGUAUAUGUUUACUGAAAAAAAAAGGAAAUAAA